AUGCGUCUUCAAGAGAUGGCAGUGCUGCUCACGCUGUGGCGACAGAGUAUUUUAAAGGCGACAACUAGCUUUCUAUUAGCCGCACUACAGAGCACAGACCACGGCCGUCAGAGGCACCGCGGUGGCCCGCAGUUGCCGCAGAAGUCCUGGCUGACACUACGAAGAAUCGGGUCCUUUUUAAAUUUCGAUCACGUGCCGUUGCCCGUGCUCCCGUACACCGUAACACGAGUACGCGUGCCGGUGCAGGGCCUAAGUAGACUGGCCGGCGCUUGUAGCUACGGCCUCCGCCACGUCACCCGCCGACAUUUCUGUUUGGUCCCGCGCCUCGCUCCGCCUCAGACCUGGGCUCAAUUCCUGGCGCCUCGUUUCGCGUCCAGACCUGGGCUACAAUUCCCCGACCCAGCAAGAGAUUCACAAGCUCCAAGCGCGCCAGCAAUCCUCCUGGUUGGGAUUUGCUGGUAUCACUUCGCCGGCCCUGGCCCGGCUUACCCAUCGGUGGGCAGUGCGUGUGCCCCGUGUCUUGAAACCUCAUCCAUACCGGCCGCUCAUACCGGCCGCUCAUACCGUUCUCCCUCAUUCUCAUCGCGUAACACGACAAACCACGUGAUGCUACAGCACGUGACGGUCUUAAACGUUCCGUGA